GUGAGUGGAGGGGCUAUCCCCUCAAGAAGUCAGAGCUGUGCUCGUGGGCAGGCUGGCUCCGCUGUUCUGCUCCAAGGAUUACAUGUCCUUCAAACGCCCUUGCCCCUUAGCACGAUACAACCGCACCAGCUACUUCUACCCUACCACAUUCUCGGAGAGCUCUGAGCACAGCCAUCUGCUGGUGUCUCCAGUGCUGGUGGCAAGUGCUGUCAUAGGUGUGGUCAUCACCCUCUCCUGCAUCACCAUCAUUGUGGGAAGCAUCAGGAGGGACAGACAGGCCCGGAUCCAGCAACACCACCAUCGCCACCACCGUCACCAUCACCAUCACCACCGACGCCGGCGCCGGCACCGAGAAUACGAACAGGGCCAAGCAUCUGGCGGACACAUGCUCAGCCACUCCAGCCACAGGAUGCCCUAUGCCUGUAGCCCUGCCGAGGACUGGCCCCCGCCCUUGGACAUCAGCUCUGAUGGGGAUGUGGAUGUCACAGUGCUCAGGGAUCUGUACCCAGAUUCUCCACCAGGCUAUGAGGAGUGCGUGGGACCAGGGGCCACUCAGCUGUACGUCCCCACGGAUGCACCACCACCCUACUCACCGACUGACUCCUGCCCCAUGCUGAAUGUCGCCCUGGACUCAGGCAGCGGCCACAGCCACAGCCAGCAUCAGCAGGAGCAGAGGACCCACGGCCGGAGUGGCCUCCACACUGUCUCCAUGGACACGCUGCCGCCUUAUGAAGCUGUGUGUGGAGCAGGUUCCCCAUCUGACCUGCUGCCACUGCCAGGACCAGAAGCCCAGUCAACUAACUCCCAGGGCUCCCCCGCCCAAACCCAGGCUCCAACUGCCAGCCCCAAGAGGAUUGUGUGAGUGACCCAGCACAUAAGUCCCACUGGUCCUUCCAGGCUACCCUAUCUUCUCCAGGCACACAGGUGCACACAUAACUCAUGCACAUGCAUAUAUAUGACUACACACAUACACUGGCAUACCCCAAGUGGACACACGACACAUACCACACACAUAAAGACGCCUGCAUAUACACAGGUCCCACUACCACAAACUCACCUGGGAAGGUUUUCUUUAGAUGAAGUGCCCCCCAUUAGGUGUCUCUCUGCACCCCCCACCCCCAGCCUUGAACCUGGUGGUAGUGCCUCUCUAAACAGUGUGGGCAGAGGUGAGGUAGGAAGCCCUACUUCCUUCCCUCUCUCCAGCCUCCUCUAGGAUGUGGCCACAAUCUGAUUCUCCUGCAGAAUGCUUGGUCCACUUCCUGCCAGAAGCCCUACCCCAGGGUUUUUCCCACUGGGAGCCAAGACAGGUCCCAGUGAGGCCCCACUGUGCACUGUGCCUAUCUUUUAACUCCAGGGCAGAAAAGCCACAAUGCCACCAUCCUGCCACUUACAGAGUGGAGAAACAGGUCUGGUGACUUAGGCGUGACCUGGAGGUCCUCACAGCCCAUUGAGCCCCUUGCUAUCUCAAUGUCUUCAGUUUGGCGGUGCUAGUGGGGUUAGCUCAGACUCCCACCCCGAGUUACAGGAGGAGGACAGGCCCUUGGAUGUGUGUCAAUAGAGGAGGGUCACAGUUCUUCCCAUGUCCAUGCCAGGCUUGGGAGUUCAAGGAAGACAAGGUAUGGGUAGCCUCAACACAGUGCUACUUAGACACUACUCAGGGGCACAGAAGGGCCCACUGCUCAGUAAGUGCCCAGCCAGCCCUGGCAGCCUGAGCCCAAGAAGUCCUAGGCUAACCCAAGAGCCGGUGCUGUCAUCCACGGUGGCAGCUCACAGCUGGGGACUGAGUUGAUGAAUUCUGGCCUUGUCUCUCUGGGGCAUACACAGAGACAAACAUAAAAGGAAUACAGACCCCACAAAAACAAACAAACAAAAAACAAAAAGCACCAUGCCACUAUGAGAAGAUGCCAUCAUCCUGUCACAGAAGCAAGUAUGUGGAGACAGCUGGUUGGAGAAAGAUUGGUAUUAGCCUGUGAACUCCAGCAAUCUCCAUCAAAGACUAUAUAAGGUGAUAGAGGUGAUCUUGGAAGACUCAGCCUGCCAAAGGUUGUGGCUAAGCGUCUUUGAAUAGUGUCCUGCCAGCAUUGCCGGUGACAGGGAGCAAGACACCUGCCUCCCCGACUCCCCACUUUUUGUCACUCAUCCCAAAGCAGCAGACCCACCCCCAUUGAACCUCCUCCCACAUUUCAAUUUCUCCAAUGAAGGGCUAAGAAAAUUCAGCAAUCCCUUUCUUAAGCAGAGGGUGACAAGGAUGGCUAUCUUGAAUUUUAUUUUCUAUAGAGAUAGCAUUUAUUCUGAUGCAGAAUCAAAAGGGACCCACUCACAGGUUCUGUAGCAUCCUUUGAGUAGUAUCCUAGAGUGAUGACCUCCACCUGGGAGAGGGAACCUUGUUUACAAGCAUCUCUGCCCACCUUUGUGAUGUUCUGCUUUCUAGGCAAAAAAAAAUAUUGUACUGUAUCGCCUUUCAAAUGCACCCCAGGGAUGAGACUCUUUUAAGAAAUGCAGUCUGUUUCUGUGGCUCUGAAAAGUGCUGGGGGAAGAAAAAACAUCCCUGCCCAUUCAUCAUGAUGGAGGGCUCUACAGGACAGCUUUUCUCCUUCCUAGAUUAAGCUGAAUAAGCAGCAAUGUAUCUUUUCUUGUUCAAAAUAAAUACAUCGUAUCAACAAAGAUGUA